AUGCCACAAUCAAUCAGCCCUGCAAACGACUACUGGAUAUCAGGCUAUGGUCUAUCCCGCCACAUUGUACUUCGACAACUCCAAUACUUCCUGGGCCCAGGCGCCACCGUGAGACCAUACUCAUAUCAUGGACGGGAAGGUUUUCUAAUCAACGGGCCGCAAUUGACCAAGGAGCAAAUCGAGGAUCUUAAACGACAGUCGGAGCAGUAUGAACGGCAACAGACAAUGAGGAUGUCCAAUCGAUCUAGCAGCGGCACCGACGACGACGACUGUGACAUCAAUGAGAUUGUGUCGAUUAGCGGAAGUCGGCGGCACAGUCCCACGCAUGCUUCUGCGUCCCAGUACAGGCGAGAACGACACCGGUGA